CGAUGAAUUCGAAGAAGGGGAGCGCCAUUUCCGCCGGAAAUCUCAUCGCAAGAAAGAAAGAAGUUCAAAAAUCGCUCCCCGGAAUCCCAAAACCCUAGACCUCCCCGCCACCAUGCCGCCCGGGCCUGACGCGUCCUCCCUCGCCGCCGCCGUCCUCGACGCCGCCACUCCCCCGGCCGCCGCCGCCGCCACAUCCCGAGUGCUCGACUACCUCACCCGCCACGCCGCCGACCAGCCGCGCGCCUUCUUCGCUGACGCCUUCCCCUCCCUGCUCUACCGCCUCUUCGUCUCCUCCCCCUCCUCCGCCUCCUUCAUCGACCUCGCCGCCGCCGACCCCGCGCUGCCCGACCUCCUCCUCACCCUCCUCGCCCCCUCCGGCCCGCUCCUCGCCGCCGCCGCCGCAGCGGACCGCCUCGCCCUCAUACGCUUCGUCUUCCCCAACGAGCGCCUCCCCGACUGGCUCCGCCACGCGCUCGCUUCCCCCGCCUCCACCCACCCCGCCUCGCCUCUUCUCUCGCCCCGCGUCGGCUCCGACCUCCACCUCUCCGUCUUCGAGUACUACCUCUUCUGGUUCGCCUACUACCCCGUCUCGUCCGCAUCCCCGGCCGCCCCCGCCGCAUCUGCGUCCACCUCCAAUCCAGGCCUCAGGUCGCGCUCCCGCCUCGAGAGCUGGGUCUCUACCCUCGCCACCACCGCCAUCCGCAGGCCUGGCCAGAAGCCCGAGAGCUCGCUAUACCUCAAGCUGCUCUAUGCCUACCUCUGCGAGUUCGUGCCCACACGCACACCGCCUGGUCGGGUGGGCGGGGGCAGCAGGCUGCUCCACCGGACAACCAACGAUGGCAUCGGUGCGGUCUCGUCAUUUGCACGGGCCGAGUUCUUGCUUCACACCCUUGUCCAGUUCUGGCUUGUCGGGGAUGACUUCUCGCCGCUGCCCAUGCAGACUUGCAAUGCCCUGGGCCUGCGGUUACCUUCUCGUGCUCGUGCCGAGUUGAGUGAGCGGCCACCGUCACCAGGCUUGGGUGAUGCAGUGAAGCUGCUUGUGAUGUACCUCGACUGCUGCAAUGGCCGCGCAUUAGAGGACGUGGAUGCACCCACGCCGUCUCAAGGAAUACCAGUGUGGAAUGGGCUCUUGGAUACCCAGGCUGGCUUUUGGAAUCCGUUGAUACAGAGGCCUCUGUAUCGUUUUGUACUAAGAACAUUCUUAUUCUGCCCCAUUGGUGCUGCGAUAAAAAAUGCAACACAAGUCUUCUCUGUGUGGUUGGCAUAUAUGGAGCCAUGGAAGGUUACCCAACAGGAGCUGGAUGGGUAUGGCAAGCAGCAAGCAGGGGAGGACCAGGAGCUGCAAAAGUGCAACAUGGUAUACAACCCAUUGUGGAAGACAUAUGUUCUUUCAAAUUACUUGUUCUACAGCUCCAUGGUUGUGCACUUCCUGGGGUUUGCCCAUAAGUUUAUCCAUUCCGAUGUUGCCUCAGUGCUCCUAAUGGUAUACAAGGUAUUAGAAGUCUUGAGUUCCACUCCAGAGCUGUUAGACCUUCUGCACAAAGUGGAUGCUGCUUAUCAUACUAAACUAGUUGGGUCAUCCCCGCCAUAUGAUGACGUUUUGAAGUAUGUGCCAUCAAUUCGUGAACAGCUAAAGGACUGGGAGGAUGGUUUGUCAGAAACUGAUGCAGAUGGGUCAUUCUUGCAUGAGCAUUGGAACUCUGAUCUAAGGCUUUUCAGUUAUGAUGAGAACGGUGCUUAUAAUCUUCUUCAGCUGCUUCUGAUCCGAGCAGAGUCAGAGAUACUACGUCUGUCAGGUGAUGCACAGCAAGCUCUCCAGACAUUGGAUUCUAUCAAGUCCAAGAUGAAAAAGGUCUUUCAGGGCCAGAUUGGAGGAAUUCAUGGGAGUACCUCCUCACUGGAGGAAUUACAUUAUCAACACCAACAGGCGCGUGGGGAAGUAUUCACACCUAAGCAUCCCAGUUUGGGGAAGAGUUCAUGGGAUGAUGUUAAGUACAGAGGCGAGUGGAUGAAGAGGCCCAUCUCAGAGACUGAAGUGGCCUGGCUUGCAAGGAUUCUGAUCCGCCUUUCUGAUUGGCUGAAUGAUGCCCUUGGGCUUGACCGUGGUGAUGCUGAUGAUAGCCCUGCUGCUAGCGCUACCUACGUUCGGUUUGAUCGCAAUGAUCUGAACACGGUGGGCGGGCCGAAGGAUGCUGCCAGAAUUGCUCUUGUUGCUUUAUGUUCAGUGAUAGUGCUAGUGGGGCAAGCUUUGCUGAAGUUCAUGAGAUCACACAGGGUGAAGAUCAAUCUGAGAGUUUUUGCUUCAAAAAAGCUGCUGUCAGCUGCCGUUGUGCUGUAUGCCAUGGUGGUUGUAACAAGGAAUGCUUCAGGUUGAGAUAUGUCUAGACUUGUUGUUUCUGGGAGGAGCACAUGCGAGGUUGAGAUGACCAUCCACUGAAACUCGAAAGUUUUGGUACCAAGAGGUUAUGCUGCAUAAGCUGUACAGGAGCAAUUAGGAAGAAGGGAAAAAAAAAGGUGGUGGUAACAAAGUGUACCUGUUUUAUAGCGUGUUGUUGGCGCUGUACAGGCCUUUGCUGUUCCGUUACCGCAAGUGUGAAAGAGAAAUGUUGAGGCUGCUUGUAUGACCCUAAGCAGCAUUGUACUGUACUGUACUGUAUGACACUAGAAGGUUUGCAAAAGAUGCGAGAGGUCAGUUGCUGGU